AUGGUGAAAAUAGCAGUGUUAGGAGCUGGUAUAAACGGGGUUACUUGCGCCUUAAGAAUUAAGGAGAAGUAUCAAAAUGCUGACGUAAUUCUAAUAUCGGACCAGUUCUCUCCUAAUACGACUGGCGACGGGUCAGGUGGACUCUGGUAUCCGUUUUAUAUCGGGAAUACGGCGGGAGACAGAAUAGCUAAAUGGGGUGGUGAAACUUACCAUUUCCUCCACAAGCUGUGGCUGGAAGAUGGUCUUAACAUCAGUGUGAUGCCAAUCUACGUGCUAAAUAGAGAAGUGCCGCCUGCACUUGCGCAUAGGCCACUAUGGGCUAAUGACGUGUUUGGUUAUAACGACAUCGAUGGACGACUGUUGGAGUACCUAAAUCGACUUUAUAAUAACAAUUACGUUUCCGGACACGUAUUCACAACAUUCGUAGUGCAGCCUCCAAAAAUUAUCUCGUAUCUUCUCGAUCGGUUCAAGGCCGUGGGAGGAAAAGUGCUUCAAGUUAAGAUUAAAUCUCUACGUGACCCUUUACUGAAUGGAUAUCAAGUGGUUGUCAAUUGUACUGGACUAGGUGCAAGGGAAAUGGUACCAGACAGAAGAGUGUUUCCUAUUCGGGGACAGAUUUUUAAGGUGGCAGCACCGUGGAUCAACGUUACUGUGAUAGACGACAAUAGUGGCCACUACAUUAUACCGAAUGCCGAAACAUGUGUAUUAGGUGGUACACAUCAAGAAGAAGACUUUAAUACUAAACUAGAUGAAAAAGAUACUGAUUUCAUACUAAACGGAUGUAGAACUAUUAUUCCAAGUUUAACUGACGCAAAAAUCGUAAAGGCAUGGGUCGGAUUGCGCCCCGGCAGAGAUGAGGUUCGCAUCGAGUUGGAAGAGUGCGAUGGAAAAUUGUACAUUCACAAUUAUGGUCAUGGUGGCAGUGGAUUGACACUGUUCUGGGGAUGUGCCUCAGAAGUACUCGAUAAUCUCAGUCAAUGGUGGGAUAAGUUGCGCAGUCCAAUUACAAAGUCAAAACUAUAAUAUUAUAACAAAAAAUAUAUAUUUUGUGCUACAUAAAGAGUAUUGUAUUAAAUCACAUUCUUAUAAAACAAUAUGUAUGUAAAUUUAUUCAAAAUAAAUACAUUCUGGCAUCCGAUAGCUUCAAUCUUAUAAUAUGUAUAUCACUAAAUAUUAAAAAAAUAUUUCUUGUAGAUAGACAAGGCUUCACAAAUCGAAUAAACUGAAUCCUAGUGUUGGAUCAAGGAAUAUUUACCAUAUACAUAGGAAAAUCUACA